AUGGCGGGGCGCGGCCGGGGCUGGCCGCGGGAGCAGCUCAACGGGCUGCAGGCGCGGGCCGGGGGCGGCGCGUCUCCUUACCAGCGGUUGGGCCAACGCAUGCAGGAUAUUACUGGUGAUAGAGGGGUGUUAAAGGAGGUUAUCCGUGCUGGCGCUGGAGAAAUUGUGCCCCAGGAUGCUUCUGUGUUAGUGAAAUAUUCUGGGUACCUGGAAUACGUGGAUAAGCCCUUUGACACAAACUGGUACAGGAGGAAUCCUAGGCUGAUGAAACUUGGAGAAGAGAUUACACUUCAGGGCAUGGAGGUUGGCCUACUGACCAUGAAGAAAGGAGAGUCGGCAAGAUUUCUCUUCACACCAAGUUAUGCCUAUGGGGCAUUGGGCUGUCCUCCUUUGAUUCCCCCUAAUGCCACAGUCUUGUUUGAGAUGGAGCUUCUGGACUUUCUAGACUCGGCUGAAUGUGACAAAUUCUUUGUUUUGACGACUGAGCAGCAGGAUACGUUCCCACUACAGCAGGUGCUGAAAGUGGCAAACACAGAGAGGGAGUUUGGCAAUUACCUCUUCCGCCAGAAGCGCUUCAUGGAUGCCAGAGAGAGAUACAAGCGGGCCUCUUUGAUCCUGUGUCGCAGGCCUUCCAGUGGGGAUGAGCAGUGCCAGAUUGAUGCUGCCAAACUGCUGGUGUUCCUGAAUCUAUCAUUUACUUACCUGAAGCUGGAGCGUCCUGUCCGAGCUCUGACAUAUGGAGAAAAGGCGCUGGAGAUCGACGAGAGAAAUGCCAAAGCAUUAUUCAGGUGUGGCCAGGCUUGUCUCUCUCUGACAGAAUAUGAAAAAGCUCGGGAUUUCCUUGUCAGAGCUCAAAAAGAACAACCCUUUAAUCACGAUAUUAACAAUGAGCUGAAAAAGCUGGCCAGCUGUUACAGGGACUACAUGGAUAAGGAGAAGGAAAUGUGCUGCCGAAUGUUUGCUCCUCUCAGCUUUUCUCCUGUGGAACCAGAAAUAAAGGUAACAAACAAACAGUCAAGAGGAGCAUGUGGGUUGAAACAGGCAGCUCCGGAUGUCCGGAUGCCUUCCACGCCUGAAGCCCUCCAGGCGGCCCAGGGCGUCAAGUCCAUGCCUUUGCCUGGAGCGCCGCCAAUGUCGGCCCUGCGCUCCAGACGCAAGCCGCCGCUGGGAUCCCCGCAGCCACCUCUGGCCCGGUACCGGUCUCGGUCCAGGGAACGUUCCCAACGCCGAUCACCGCUCGGGGCAGAGUCCAGGUGGAUCGCCCUCGACGCCGACCAGACUGUCUGGCUGGAUUCCGUCCAGCCGGGACUUGCGGCACCGCUCAUCCUCAAGGAGUGA